AUGGUAACGUGGGGACAACAGUACCUCCGGGCGCUCCAUCCCGCUCCGGCAUUCGCCGCAGCGGGGGGAGGAGGCAUUGAACCCCUCACACCUGCCCCCGGAGGAGGCAGGGGAGUCAGCAGCCCCAGCAGCCAACAACUCCCCCUAAAUGGAACCCACCUCAGCAGCCCCAGCAGCCAACAACCCCCCCUAAAUGGAACCCACCUCAGCAGCCCCAGCAGCCCCAGCAGCCUCAGCAGCCCCAGAAGCCCCAGCAGCCUCAGCAAUCCCAGCAGCCUCAGCAGCCUCAGCAGCCCCAGCAGCCCCAGCAGCCCCAGCAGCCCCAGCAGCCCCAGCAGCCCCAGCAGCCCCAGCAGCCCCAGCAGCCCCAGCAGCCCCAGCAGACCCAGCAGCCCCAGCAGCCCCAGCAGCCCCAGCAGCCCCAGCAGCCCCAGCAGCCAACAACCAAUUGCCCUGCUUGGCUGUCUGGCUGAUGCUCAAAAUGUAAAGGAGCCCCUGCAGUGGCCAAAGUGGGCUCAGCUGCCCCAGCAGCCAACAACUCCACCUACAUGGAACCCACCUCAGCAGCCUCAGCAGCUUCAGCGGACUCAGUGGCCACAGUUUCCUCAGCAGCCAACAACUCCCCCUAAAUGGAACCCCCCUCAGCAGCCUCAGCAGCCUCAGCAGCCUCAGCAGCCUCAGCAGCCUCAGCAGCCUCAGCAGCCAGCAACUCCCCCUAAAUGGAACCCACCUCGGCAGCCUCAACAGCCUCAUCAGCCACAGUGGCAUCAUCAGCCACAGUGGCCUCAGCUGCCUCAGCUGCCUCAGCAGCCUCAGCCUCCUAAACAGCAUCAGCAGCCUAAACAGCCAGAGAGGCCUCAGCUGCCUCAGCAGCCAACAACUCCCUCUAAAUGGAACCCAUCCCAGCAGCCCCAGCAGCCUUAUCAGCCAAAGAGGCCUCAGCUGCCUCAGCAGCCUAAACAGCCAGAGAGGCCUCAACUGCCUCAGCAUCCUCAACAGCCUUAUCAGCCACAGUGGCCUCAGCAGCCUCAGCAGCCUCAGCAGCCUCAGCAGCCUCAGCAGCCUCAGCAGCCUCAGCAGCCUCAGCAGCCUCAGCAGCCUCAGCAGCCUCAGCAGCCAGCAACUCCCCCUAAAUGGAACCCACCUCAGCAGCCUCAGCAGCCAGCAACUCCCCCUAAAUGGAACCCACCUCAGCAGCCUCAACAGCCUCAUCAGCCACAGUGGCCUCAGCUGCCUCUGCUGCCUCAGCAGCCCCAGCAGCCAACAACUCCCCCUAAAUGGAACCCGCCUCAGCAGCCUCAGCAGCCAGCAACUCCCCCUAAAUGGAACCCACCUCAGCAGCCUCAGCAGCCAGCAACUCCCCCUAAAUGGAACCCACCUCAGCAGCCUCAACAGCCUCAUCAGCCACAGUGGCCUCAGCUGCCUCUGCUGCCUCAGCAGCCCCAGCAGCCAACAACUCCCCCUAAAUGGAACCCGCCUCAGCAGCCCCAGCAGCCAACAACUCCCCCUAAAUGGAACCCACCUCAGCAGCCUCAGCAGCCAGCAACUCCCCCUAAAUGGAACCCACCUCAGCAGCCUCAGCAGCCUCAUCAGCCACAGUGGCCUCAGCUGCCUCAGCAGCCUAAUCAGCCACAGUGGUCUCAGCAGCCUCAGCAGCCUCAGCAGCCUCAGCAGCCUCAUCAGCCACAGUGGCCUCAGCUGCCUCAGCAGCCUAAACAGCCAAAGAGGCCUCAGCAGCCUCAGCAGCCUCAACAGCCUCAUCAGCCACAGUGGCCUCAGCUGCCUCAGCAGCCUCAGCAGCCUCAGCAGCCUCAGCAGCCUAAGCAGCCUCAGCAGCCUAAACAGCCUCAGCAGCCUCAGCAGCCUCAGCAGCCUAAACAGCCACAGAGGCCUCAGCAGCCUCAGCAGCCCCAGCAGCCAAAAACUCCCCCUAAAUGGAACCCACCUCAGCAGCCUCAGCAGCCUAAACAGCCACAGAGGCCUCAGCAGCCUCAGCAGCCUCAACAGCCUCAGCAGCCUCAGCAGCCUCAUCAGCCUCAGCAGCCUAAACAGCCACAGAGGCCUCAGCAGCCACAGAGGCCUCAGCAGCCCCAGCAGCCAAAAACUCCCCCUAAAUGGAACCCACCUCAGCAGCCUCAGCAGCCUAAACAGCCACAGAGGCCUCAACAGCCUCAGCAGCCUCAACAGCCUCAGCAGCCUCAGCAGCCUCAGCAGCCUCAGCAGCCUCAGCAGCCUAAACAGCCACAGAGGCCUCAGCAGCCUCAGCAGCCUCAGCAGCCUCAUCAGCCUCAUCAGCCUCAUCAGCCUCAGCAGCCUAAACAGCCACAGAGGCCUCAGCAGCCUCAGCAGCCUCAGCAGCCUCAGCAGCCUCAUCAGCCUCAGCAGCCUAAACAGCCACAGAGGCCUCAGCAGCCACAGAGGCCUCAGCAGCCACAGAGGCCUCAGCCGCCUCAGCAGCCUCAGCAGCCUCAGCAGCCUCAGCAGCCUCAGCAGCCUCAGCAGCCUCAGCAGCCUCAGCAGCCUCAGCAACCUCAGCAGCCUCAGCAGCCUAAACAACCACAGAGGCUUAAGCAGCCUCAGCAGUCUCAGCAGCCUCAGCAGCCUCAGCAGCCUCAUCAGCCUCAUCAGCCUCAUCAGCCUAAACAGCCACAGAGGCCUCAGCAGCCUCAGCCGCAUCAGCAGCCUCAGCAGCCUCAGCAGCCUCAGCAGCCUCAGCAGCCUCAGCAGCCUCAGCAGCCUAAACAACCACAGAGGCUUCAGCAGCCUCAGCAGUCUCAGCAGCCUCAGCAGCCUCAGCAGCCUCAGCAGCCUCAUCAGCCUCAGCAGCCUCAGCAGCCUAAACAGCCACAGAGGCCUCAGCAGCCUCAGCAACCUCAGCAGCCUCAGCAGCCUCAGCAGCCUAAACAGCCACAGAGGCCUCAGCAGCCACAGAGGCCUCAGCAGCCACAGAGGCCUCAGCAGCCUCAGCAGCCUCAGCAGUCUCAGCAGCCUCAGCAGCCUAAACAACCACAGAGGCUUCAGCAGCCUCAGCAGUCCCAGCAGCCUCAGCAGCCUAAACAGCCACAGAGGCCUCAGCAGCCUCAGCAGCCUAAACAGCCUCAGCAGCCUCAGCAGCCUAAACAGCCACAGUGGCCUCAGCAGCCUAAACAACCACAGAGGCUUCAGCAGCCUCAGCAGUCCCAGCAGCCUCAGCAGCCUCAGCAGCCUAAACAACCACAGAGGCUUCAGCAGCCUCAGCAGCCUCAUCAGCCUCAGCAGCCUCAGCAGCCUAAACAGCCACAGAGGCCUCAGCAGCCUCAGCAGCCUCAGCAGCCUCAGCAGCCUCAGCAGCCUCAGCAGCCUCAGCAGCCUCAGCAGCCUCAGCAGCCUCAGCAGCCUAAACAGCCACAGAGGCCUCAGCAGCCUCAGCAGCCUCAGCAGCCUCAGCAGCCUCAGCAGCCUCAGCAGCCUCCGCAGCCUAAACAGCCACAGUGGCAUCAGCAGCCUCAUCAGCCUCAGCAGUCUCAGCAAACUUGUGAAGUUGCUGAAAAUCAAAAGAUACCGUGUGGAGCUCCUGGAAUCUCUACUGAACAUUGUGAAGCUAUAAACUGCUGCUAUGGUGGAAACAUGUGCUAUUAUGGAAAAUCUGUGACCCUUCAGUGCACCAAGGAUGGUCAAUUCAUCGUGGUGGUGGCCAAAGACGCCACCCUACCUAACCUCGAUGUCGAGACAGUUUUCUUCCUUGGAGGUGGCGAAACCUGCAAUCCUGUUGGCACUACUUCCGCCUUUGCCAUCUACCAGUUCCCUGUCACUGCCUGUGGCACUGUCAUGAUGGAGGAGCCUGGCGUUAUAAUCUAUGAGAACCGGAUGUCCUCCUUUUAUGAAGUCUCUAUUGGACCCAACGGAGCCAUCACCAGGGACAGUCAAUACGAGCUGCUUGUCCAGUGUAGAUACAUUGGCACCGCAAUUGAGGCUCUAAUUAUCGAGGUUAGCAUACUUCCUCCACCACCCCCAGUGGCAGCUCCAGGACCCCUGCGCGUGGAGCUAGUGCUGGCCAAUGGAGAGUGUUCAGUCAAGGGAUGUGUGGAAGAGGAUGUGGCCUACAACUCCUUUUACGUUGACUCUGACUACCCCGUCACAAAGGUUCUCAGAGACCCUGUGUAUGUGGAAGUCCAUAUUCUGGAGAGGACAGAUCCCAACAUUAAAUUGACUCUUGGAAAAUGCUGGGCAACUUCGGAUCCCUACCCUCAAAGUCUCCCUCAAUGGGACUUGCUGAUUGAUGACUGCCCAUACCAUGAUGACCGCUAUCUGACCGCUCUGGUCCCUGUGGACGCUUCAUCAGGACUCAUGUACCCAACCCAUCACAGGCGUUUUGUUUUCAAGAUGUUCACAUUUGUAUCCGGUGGAGGUGUAAAGCAACAGGCUUUAAUUCCUCUCAACGAAAAGGUGUAUAUCCACUGUGAAGCAGCCGUGUGUCAACCGUCUGUCGGAGACAAUUGUGAACCUAGGUGCUUCAGAAGCAGGAGAGACGUGUCUGUCCAGAAAGCCUCCAGAGAAGAGACCACUGUUGUUAGCAGUAAGGAGCUGGUCUUCAUUCAGUAACAACAUUACAUUAUCAUGAAGUCUCCUUUUCUGAUGUUUUGUGAAAAGUGAUUGAGUUUCAAAUAAAUACCCAAUUGCUGAA